AUGCCGAAGUUACCUGCCGGCGGAAGCGACAGAGGGGCUGGAACGGGCGGCACUUUCUGGGAGGUGGAGGAGGAAGACGCCGGAAGCGAAGGGAGGAGAUUUCUCAGAACAGCUCUUGCUUAUGAUAUGCAGAAACCAAGUCACAAAAUGGAGUUUCUAGUGAAUUAUCUAAUGGAACUGACGUUAAUAGAUAAUGAGUUCUUGAAGUUCUUUCUCCAGUCAUUGCUGCUUCUGUUGUUUUCUUUGCUAAGUGGAACUGAACCAUUAAAUUCAACUUGGCUUCCUUCUCGAAGAGGUGAGGAACGUACAAGAUUUGGAGGUCGUUCAGAAAGAACUGGAGGACGUGGCAGUACUUCUCAAACGUCUGCUAGAAACUCAGGAACUAAUGUUGGAAGUACUUCAAGAGGUCAUCAAAGAAGACAAUCAUUCGAGACUACAAUACAAGACACCAUUAAUGGAUAUAAAGAAUUUCAACGACAAAGUCUAUAACAGCUAUGCUCAAGUGCUUUUGAAGAUGAUUAUGAUGACUUCAAAAAAGCAAAACAAAUAUUUCUUGCUUUGGAACUUCCCAAAUUCACUAAAUUUUACUGGGCUUGCAUUAACUCACUUAAAGAACUGGUUUUUUGGCAAAAGUAUUUCAUUAAUAUAACUGGAAGCAAUGACGAAAAUAUAUUGCAACUAGUGGAAGGUAUGACUGGUGUAUCACGAAAUAAUGAAGAUGUGCCAAAACAAUUGGGCUCUAGACAGUUAUUUGGGAGUCCACAUUCUGGAGGUUUAUCAUCUCGUAGUCCAUUUUUAGUGGGUAAUAGUUCUAGAGAAAACAAUUUUCAAAACUAGAGUGCACCACCGACUGCACAGCAAUGGGGUACAUCUCCAAAUGUGCAACACUAGGGAACACCACCAAAUGUUAAAUAUUGGGGGGACACCACCAAACGCUCAACCAUGGGGUGUACCUCCAAAUGGUCCAAGUUGGAACACACCUCCAAAUGCUCAACAAUGGAGAGCGCCACCAUAUCCUCAACAAUGAAACAUUCCACAAAAUUUUCAUCAUGGUCAGCAACCAUCAAAUUUUCAUCAAGCCGCUUCUUCUGGAACAACACCAACAAAUGUUCACUACAGAUUUACAGCUGGAAAUCAAGGUGGAAGUCCGCUGAAUAUUCAUCGAAAUUAUUCAGAAGGUGCAAGUAUAGAUUCUUCACCAAAGGUUCACCAAUCACCAUCAACUAGCAUCAGUUUGACUAAUUAUUUUGAAACAGGAAGCACAUCACAAAGACCGAGACGUGGAAGUAUAUUCAAUAUUUAGAGAACUAUAGAAGAACCUAAUGAAGUGAAUCAAAGUGGUUCAGGAGACGAAGAGUAGCGAUCUGAUUGUCAUAUUUUAAUAUUGUGAUAUAAUAUUAUUGUUUUUGUUGUGUGUUAAUAGGUUUUCAUGUGUUGUAAAAUACUUUUAUAUUAUUUUCGUAUGUUAAUGGAUUGUCAUA